GCUCUUCAGGUGCAUCUCUUUAGAUCAGCACACACCUUUCAGACAGCAGCAUGCUGCCAGCAAACCUACUCAUCGUGUCCAUGGUCAUCUUUUUGACGUCAACCGUUUCUAUGGCUCCUGUGGAGGAGAAGGAGCCGGAGGAGGUGGAGGUUGAGGCCACAGAGGAGGAGGAGGUGUCUGAAGAGGAGGAGGAUGAUGAUGACUCCAAGAGUCAAGCUAACUUUGAGGGAGCACUCGGUGGGCAGCGGACCACCCCGGCAGCGGUGGUGGUGGUGGAGGUGGCCGGAGGUUCAGGUGUCUCCUCUAAUAUUCAGCAUCAGAGUGCUCCCAGUGGUCAGUCAGCCGGGGAAGGAACACAUGAAGGAACAGCAGGAAGCUCUGCAGGUUCUGCAGCAAGUUCUGCAGCAAGUUCUGCAGCAAGUUCUGCAGGUUCUUCUGGUGCCGCAGGUUCUAUUGGUGGUUCUGCAGGUGUUUCGGGUUCUGCAGCACUUGAGAUCUCUGAUGUCUCCACAGGUCUGAUUCACCCUGCAGGGGCUGAGCAUCCGGCAGCUUCAUCUCACACAGAAACAAACGGUUCGGAUGGAGCUGAUUCAGAGUCCAGCAGUAAUGGACAGAAGCUCCUGAAUGGAGGGGGAGGGGGUGGAGCUGACAGUCAGACAGGUGAUGUGGGAUCCUUUGGGGGUGAAGUUUCUCAUGUGGAUUAUACAGGAUCCAUUGAGCCAUCCCGCCACGACUUCCUGUUCGGUCUGAUGGAUAACACAACACUGCCCGUUCACCUGGACUCUUCAGCAAUUGGUUCAGGUGUGACAUCAAUUCCACUUGCAGAUCAGAACAUGCUGGACUCACCUGCAGAUCCUGUUACCUUUGAUACUGCCAUUGAUCAGCCAGGACCAGAUCGCACCUCCCUGAGCUCAGGACCUGACCAAUCACUGCUCAGCUCUCUCUCUGGCUUCUCCCACUCUGCAGGGGCAGCGGCUUCAUCAUCAUCACACAGUGAAGCUCUCAGAGAACAGACAGGAAAUGGUCGACAGACCCUGUUGACAGACACAAAUGCAGCAGUGACGGGAAGACUGGUUUCCUUCAGCAAUCUUCACACUGAUCUCACAGGUGGCACAGAGUCAGUAACCAGUCUUCAUGCUGACCUCACAGACUCAGGUCUUGGAUUCAGGCGAGAGGUCACAGAGACUCCAUCCAUUAUGCUUCACACUGAGUCUGUGGAUGUCACACACACACUGAACCCAGUUUCAGGUGUUCAGCCUCACACAGACCUGGUUACCAUGACAGCAUACUUUUCUGGGACAUAUACAGUUGCAGAAGAUCCAACAGGAAGUCCUCUUGGCUCCAGCCUUCCAGCUGCGACAGAUCACACACAGAUGGCUGGUUCAGUCACUGAACAGUACAACCCAUCUGGUCAGGGUCCUGAAGGUGCAGAAAAUGUGGAACUGGAGGAUACCUGCUGACUUCCACAUCAAGCCGCGUGUUCGAUUCCUGCGCUAUCGAUUCCAGUGUACCGACCAAUCAGCAGAGCCCAGGACAUCUGACCCCUCCCACUAGCUGUAGGCCCCUCCCACUGAAUGGCAGCAGCUCAUUGGUGUUUUUUAAAAAUAUUUAAAAAUGUUGUUUAUAAACAUUUAUUUUGUCUUAGAGAAUCAUGGAGGGGAAGUAAAACAAUUGUCUUGACCAUGUGGUGAAUCAGUUUUGACCUGAUGACAUCAAACAGGAAGUGACAUCUUCAUUGUAAAAUGUGGUUUUACUUUUCUGCAAUAAAUGUUU